CCUCUGCCAAUGUCUCAGGUUGAAGUUUGUGGCAGUGAUGUUGUUCGACUCAUGGCUGAUCUCAAAGACUGGGAGAAGCUUUUCGUUCAGUUUGAAUGUGUUCUUACGUGGGAAAAGCCUCUAGUCUUGCUUUAUACUUUCAUAUCAAUAACGGUAUUUUACGCUUUCCUUUGGUUGUUUGAACCGCCUCUUCUUGUAUCACUUGGAUGUCUCACUUUAACCUUCAGUCUUUGGUUUUACUUUGGUCCUAAAUUCGCGCUGAAAUUGCUCCCCACUGUACCCCUGGCUGAACAUAAUCAGAGAUAUCGCGCAUUCUGUCGGCGGAUCCUGCGCGCGCGUCGAUUAUUCAUCCUCAUUUUUCAACAUCUAUCCAACCUACGAAAACAGAGACCGUAUAUCUACACCGUUGUUUGUUUAAGUGCCAUCGUAACCGCAGAAAUACUGACCUACAAUUACGACGGGAUAUUGAUCGCGUACAUCCUAACUAUCUGUGCAUUGCUGACCCCUGGAAUCCGCCAUACUGGAGUUAUUAGGAUAUUCUACCUCGUAGUAAAGAAAUCGCUUCGAUUUAUCUGGCGCAUCAUCUCCCAACUGAUCCUCUUCCUGUACAGACUCAUUCCCGCGACUAGUCGGGACUCAGGCCAACUUACGGAAGGCGCCGCUAUGACCAAAUAA